AAUGGAUGAAGCAGUUGUGAGGAAAUAGAAGAAAUUGACUGUAGGAAUGGUUAUUGCAGGCAAAUAUAAAUUAUUAGAAAUGAUUGGUGCAGGUUCAUUUGGAAUGGUGUUUAAGUCUUAGUAUUUAAAAAAUGGAGAUUUAGUAGCAGCAAAAUUUGAAAAACGAGACGAUUCCCAAAAAGGAGUCAGUCUUCUUAUUAGAGAAAUUAAGGUUCUGUCUGAAGUUAAUGGAUUGAAAGGUUAGAUUAACUCUUAUGCUAUAAAAAGGUUUUCCCCAAAUCAAGUUCUAUGGAAGGGAUGAAAAUUAUAAUUUCUUUAUGGAAACUUACUUAGGUUUAAAUUUAGAGUAAUUGCUAAGAAAAUGUGGGAACAGAUUCUCUAUUCAUACAACAUUGAGAAUAGGUAUUUAAAUCAUUGAAAGAUUGUAUGUAUCUUGAUUGGUAUAAUUAGGUAAGCGUUUCAUGAGAAGAAUCUCAUUCAUAGGGAUAUUAAACCAGAAAAUUUUACAAUUAGCAGAUAAGAUACUACUUAAAUUAUGGCUAUUGAUUUUGGUUUAGCUAAAUACUAUAGAGACACAGCAGGCAAACAUAUUCCAUUUGUAAAUAACAAGGGUUUGAUUGGAACAGCCAGAUAUGCAAGCAUUAAUGCUUAAUUAGGUUUGUUUCUUAUAUGAUAAGGCAACGAGUAGAGUAGAAGAGAUGAUAUUGAAGCCAUUGCAUACGUUCUUAUAUAUUUUCAUCUUGGAGAAUUACCUUGGUAAAAUAUUCAAGUUGCUUCUAAGGAAGAAAAAUACAAAUAAAUUUUAAUACUCAAAUAAAAUAAUGAAUUGGAUAAAUACAGUGAUAAAAUUCCUUAAGUAAAAUAUCCUUUAUUCUUAGUGUUUAAUGAAGAUGCUUAAAAUUGCAAAGUCUUAUGAAUUUAGUCAAACUCCUGAUUACAUGGGCUUGACUAAAUUAUUAUAAGAUGAAUUAACUAUUGAUGCAAAAAUGGAUUGGGAAUCUUUAUUAGAAACCACUAAUGAUAAAAUGAGUGUAUCUAUUGAUAUGAUUGAAAAUGAUAAUUAGUUUGAUGAGAUGCAGGAUGAUAAAUAAUAAUAAGAAGUUUUAAAUUCCAUGAAAAAAAUAGCUUAACAAGAAACUAAAUUUAUUAAUGGUAGAUUAAAUAAUAGUCGAAAUCAUAUAAUGUAUUUAGAAGUUCCAAAGAAUAGCAUUGUUUUAAAUGAUGCUUAGAGCCCUGCUGGAACUAUUAAAUCAUUUAACACUUCCAAGGUUAAUCAUUAUUGUGGAAGUCACAUCAAUUUCAACACAUAAAAAUAAUUUAGCGAUUUAAGAGUUAAGUCAUGUGAAAACUUUUAAUAUAAUGAUGAAGAUAAUUAUGAGGCAGAUUCUGACGAUUAGCCUUGUAUACUAUUUCAAAAUUUAGUUGUUGGUCGUUCUUCUUCCAAAAUGUGA